AUGGAACCUUGUGGAACACCGUAUGAUAGGGGGGCCGAGGAAGAUGAAAACUCUCCAAGUACUACAGAGAAUGACCGGGAUGAAAGGUCCAGAGGAUUAAGUGAGGGCUUUUUUAGAAUCGGUCGAACUACAGCACUCUUUAGACCAGGGGGGACACAACCAGACGACAAUGAACUGUUAAUAAUAGAGAGGAUGUGGGGACCCACGGUGUCGAAGAUGCCCCUCAAAAAUCUAGUGGGCAGAAUGUCUAACUUGCAGGGGAUUGAGGAGAUUGGUAGUUUGAGGUGGGAAAUGGCCGUAUGUCUGUUACUGGCAUGGAUCCUGUGCUACUUUUGUGUUUGGAAAGGAGUGAGAUCCACUGGAAAGGUGGUUUAUUUUACAGCAACAUUUCCUUAUGUGAUGUUCGUUGUCCUGUUAGCUUGUGGGCUAACUUUGCCAGGAGCCAUGAAUGGCAUAGUGUUCUACUUGUAUCCUGACCCCACAAGGCUGGCGAGCCUGCAAGUUUGGGUGGACGCAGGUGCACAAGUUCUUUUCUCUUCUGGGAUUUGUCAGGGUAGUUUGACUGCUUUGGGAAGUUAUAAUCAGUAUAACAAUGACUGUUACAAGGACACAUUUGUUCUGUGUCUGGUAAAUGGUGGCUCCAGUUUUGUUGCAGGAUUUGCAAUCUUUUCUGGUUUGGGCUUCAUGUCCUAUAAGCAGGGUAUAUCUGUUGCAUUAAUUCCUAUGCAUACAGGACCUGGUUUGACAUUUAUUGCACAACCUUGUGCAGUAGCAAUGAUAUCUUUACCUCAGUUAUGGGCUAUAUGUUUCUUCAUCAUGGUCAUAUUGUUGGGAGCUGAUACACAGUUUGUGAGUGCUUGA